AAAGCCACCUCGAUUGAAAUUUUCGCCGCUUCCUCGCCGCACUUUAUCGAAAGUUUCGUAAGGCAACUGGUCUAACACAUCGAUGCGUUGGUGCAGUACUAUCGGAUAUACCUAACGAUCACUACGAACUCCACAAAUGGCGGAAGGCAAGACUAACGGCAUCGAAAAUCCGGCAUUUUCUCCGGGACCACGUGACCUCGAAAAUGGCUCCAACGGAUACUCGAAAAAAGGUAUCGCAGAAUCACCCAGCGACUUACCCGAAAAGAAACGUGCCCAAUGGGGCAAUGGUUUGGAGUUUCUGAUGUCUUGCAUCGCGAUGUCGGUCGGACUGGGUAACAUCUGGCGGUUCCCCUUCACCGCCAAGGAAAACGGAGGCGGCGCCUUCCUAAUCCCCUACAUCAUAGUGCUGACUGUGAUCGGUAGACCUCUCUACUACAUGGAGAUGAGCCUCGGGCAGUUUUCCAGCCGAGGCAACGUCAAAAUGUACGAGAAGCUCUCGCCGGUCCUCAAAGGUAUCGGCUACGGUCAACUCAUCGGUACCAUCUGCGUCGCCACUUAUUACUGCUGCCUGAUGGCGAUCACGUUGAUUUACCUUAUCAACUCCUUCACUUCCGAUCUGCCUUGGACGAGCUGCCUGGAUUCUUGGAACGACUACCUGAACGAAGUGCAAGCUGACUGUAUCCCUUCCGUACCCGAUCCAAAUCAUCCAGUAGGGCGUUGGAGUCGAAAUAUCAGUUCUUCCGAGCUGUGGUUCAGACGAGAAGUUCUGAAAUCCAAAGACGACAUAAGCGACGGUAUCGGAGCGCCAGACUGGAGGUUGACUCUAGCCUUGUUGGGCUCUUGGGCGAUCACCUUUAUCGUGUCCAUGAGAGGCGUGAAAAGUUCCGGCAAGUUCUCGUAUUUCUUAGCGCUCUUCCCGUACGUCAUCAUGAUCACGCUGUUGAUUCGGGCGUCUACGCUAGAGGGCGCGGGGGACGGCAUGAUGUACUUUAUAGAGACCGAAUGGAGCAAGCUCCUGGAAGCUGACGUAUGGUACGCGGCUGUGACGCAGUGCUUCUUCUCGUUGAACGUGGGAUUCGGGUCAAUUAUUAUGUACUCUUCGUACAACGCUUUCGACCACAACAUCAACAGGGACGCUCUGGUAGUGACUACCCUAGACACUUUUACGUCGUUACUAGCCGGGUCUACCAUAUUCGGGAUCCUCGGUAAUCUAGCCAAGGAGCUGGACGUCCAUCCCUCCCAGGUGGUCUCGUCUGGUGGUACCGGCUUAGCUUUCAUUUCGUACCCUGAGGCCAUAGCCAAGUUCAACAAAGUCCCAUGGCUCUUCGCCAUACUGUUCUUCUUCAUGUUGUUCGUUCUCGGAGUGGGCAGUCUGGUGGCUCUCCAGAGCUGCGUCAACACGGUCGUGAAGGACGCCUUCCCCAAAGUCAAGGCGUGGAUCAUUUCCGCGGGCAGCGCAAGCGCCAUGUUCCUCAUUGGCCUCCUCUACGUCACACCAGGAGGACAGUAUGUGCUGGACCUCGUCGACCAUUUCGGCGGCACUUUCAUCAUAUUCGUGUUCGCUAUUUUGGAAGUUACUGCCGUGGUUUACCUCUAUGGACUGGACAACUUCUGCACCGACAUAGAGUUCAUGUCCAAGUCGAAGGUGGGCCCAUAUUGGAGGAUAUGCUGGGGUCUCAUAACUCCCGUUUUGCUCAUCGUCAUAUUCGUCUACUUCGUGGCCACCUUGCAGCCUUUGAAGUACGGCGACGGGCUGCUGUAUCCGACGUCCCUUACCGCGUUCGGGUGGUCGAUACUGGGCAUCGGCGUGCUUCAAAUGUUCUUCUGGGUUGGGUAUUACUUGUGCUCCAACAGGGAGUAUCCCGGUGCUCAGGUAUUCGCUAGGACGUUUUCGACGGAGACUUGGGGACCUGACGAUGCUGACAAUUAUGAUGAGUGGAAAAAGUUCAAGCACCAGAAAAAAUUAAACAAAGCCAAAACUGGGAACUGGUUGACCAGGAGAUUGGUCACGCUCGUGCGUUAGCUUGAUGAUUCCGCUGUUCACGUGCGAUGAGCGAUAAUUCUGUGAUAGUUUAGAUGCAAUAGUUGUUUUCCACAUCUCAAAAAUAAAAGGAUAUCCGUUGACCA